GGGCCUAACCCAAGGUAAAUUCGGGGUCGCCGCAAAGGUGAAGGCGAACGAGGGAGGCUCGUGGAGCCGGUGCUUCCUCAACCGCUUCGGGUCGGCUCCCGUUACCUUUCCACCAUUCAGCGUUCUCGUCUCCCUGGGCGCUUGCAUGAGUUUUUCCGCGUGGACAAGCGCCGGUGACCAUGUAGCGGAAAGCGUGAGGAAACUCCCGGUGCUUGGGACGAGGUUGGCGCCGUCGGACCGCCGCUUCGGCGCCCACCACCCCCCCGGGGUGGGAUCGUCGGCCCGUUGGCCCGGCUGGGAAUUCCGGCCUCCGCUUGGGGCCUGGUCCGGAGCGCCACGAAAUCUCGCGCCGUCUCGCGAUAGUCUAAGUUGAAGGAACAUGGCGACGUCUAAUCUGUUAAAGAAUAAAGGUUCUCUUCAGUUUGAAGAUAAAUGGGAUUUCAUGCGUCCUAUUGUUUUGAAGCUUUUACGUCAGGAAUCUGUUACAAAACAACAGUGGUUUGAUCUGUUUUCUAUUCGAGUACUGAGCCAUCAGGAUGAUACAGCUUUGCUAAAAGCAUAUAUUGUUGAGUGGCGAAAAUUCUUUACACAAUGUGAUAUUUUACCAAAACCUUUCUGUCAACUAGAGAUUACUUUAAUGGGAAAACAGGGAAGUAAUAAAAAAUCAAAUGUGGAAGACAGUAUUGUUCGAAAGCUCAUGCUUGAUACAUGGAAUGAGUCCAUCUUUUCAAAUAUAAAGAACAGACUUCAAGAUAGUGCAAUGAAGUUAGUACAUGCUGAAAGAUUGGGAGAAGCUUUUGAUUCUCAGCUGGUCAUUGGAGUAAGAGAAUCCUAUGUUAACCUUUGUUCUAAUCCUGAGGAUAAGCUUCAAAUUUAUAGGGACAAUUUUGAGAAGGCAUACUUGGAUUCAACAGAGAGAUUUUAUAGAACACAGGCACCCUCGUAUUUACAGCAAAAUGGUGUACAGAAUUAUAUGAAAUAUGCAGAUGCUAAAUUAAAAGAGGAAGAAAAACGAGCACUACGCUAUUUGGAAACAAGACGAGAAUGUAACUCUGUUGAAGCACUAAUGGAAUGCUGUGUAAAUGCCCUGGUGACAUCCUUUAAAGAGACUAUCUUAGCAGAGUGCCAAGGCAUGAUCAAGAGAAAUGAAACUGAAAAAUUACAUUUGAUGUUUUCAUUGAUGGACAAAGUUCCUAAUGGGAUAGAACCAAUGUUGAAAGACUUGGAAGAGCAUAUUAUUAGUGCUGGCCUGGCAGAUAUGGUAGCAGCUGCUGAAACUAUUACUACUGACUCUGAGAAAUAUGUUGAGCAGUUACUUACACUAUUUAAUAGAUUUAGUAAACUCGUCAAAGAAGCUUUUCAAGAUGAUCCACGAUUUCUUACUGCAAGAGAUAAGGCAUACAAAGCAGUUGUUAAUGAUGCUACCAUAUUUAAACUUGAAUUACCUUUGAAGCAGAAAGGGGUGGGAUUGAAAACACAGCCGGAAUCAAAAUGCCCUGAGCUGCUUGCCAAUUAUUGUGACAUGUUGCUAAGAAAAACACCAUUAAGCAAAAAACUAACCUCUGAAGAAAUUGAAGCAAAACUUAAAGAAGUGCUCUUGGUGCUUAAAUAUGUACAAAACAAAGACGUUUUUAUGAGGUAUCACAAAGCCCAUUUGACACGGCGUCUUAUAUUAGACAUCUCUGCUGAUAGUGAAAUUGAAGAAAAUAUGGUAGAGUGGCUAAGAGAAGUUGGAAUGCCAGCAGAUUAUGUCAACAAACUGGCCAGAAUGUUUCAAGACAUAAAAGUAUCUGAAGAUUUAAACCAAGCUUUUAAAGAAAUGCACAAAAAUAAUAAAUUGGCUUUACCAGCUGACUCUGUGAAUAUAAAAAUUCUGAAUGCUGGUGCUUGGUCAAGAAGCUCUGAGAAAGUAUUUGUUUCACUUCCCACUGAACUGGAAGAUCUGAUACCCGAAGUAGAAGAAUUUUAUAAAAAAAAUCAUAGUGGUAGAAAAUUACAUUGGCAUCAUCUCAUGUCAAAUGGAAUUAUAACGUUUAAGAAUGAAGUAGGGCAAUAUGAUUUGGAAGUGACAACAUUUCAGCUGGCUGUAUUGUUUGCAUGGAACCAAAGACCCAGAGAGAAAAUCAGCUUUGAAAAUCUCAAACUUGCCACUGAACUCCCAGAUGCUGAGCUUAGAAGGACUUUAUGGUCUUUAGUAGCUUUCCCAAAGCUAAAACGGCAAGUUUUACUAUAUGAGCCUCAAGUCAACUCACCCAAAGACUUUACAGAAGGUACCCUCUUCUCUGUGAACCAGGAAUUCAGUUUAAUAAAAAAUGCAAAAGUCCAGAAAAGGGGUAAAAUAAACUUGAUUGGACGCUUGCAGCUCACCACAGAAAGAAUGAGAGAAGAAGAGAAUGAAGGAAUAGUUCAACUAAGAAUAUUAAGAACCCAGGAAGCUAUCAUACAAAUAAUGAAAAUGAGGAAGAAAAUUAGUAAUGCUCAACUGCAGACUGAACUAGUAGAAAUUUUGAAAAACAUGUUCUUGCCACAAAAGAAGAUGAUAAAAGAACAAAUCGAGUGGCUGAUAGAGCACAAAUAUAUCAGAAGAGACGAAUCCGAUAUCAACACUUUCAUAUAUAUGGCAUAAUGUCGAAUAUCAUGGACAACAUCAAAAACCCAAAUUUUGGAGGGCUUUGGCAGAAAGUUUUAACAGUUUGUGCUGGAGAAAGGUUUAUUUGGACUUUGAUGACAUAAAUAUUAAAAUCUCUGCCUUACCUUACAAAACAACUCUGUUUUGCCAAUCACCUUAGUUCGCAUGAUGGCAUUCCCUUCAUGUUGCACACUCUUGACAGCAUGCUGUUUUGUGAGAAACUGGCGUUCAUGAAGAGCCCAUUAUGAACUCUGAAAAGUAAAUUUGAUUUAUACCCACCAGGAGAAAUGCACUCAAGAAGGGGGUCGGUGGGGUUCUUGGUUGUUUUUUCCUCAAUUUUUUUCUUUAGUUUAAAAAAAAUUUUUUUUUACUUGCACAAGGAAGGAUCUUCAGAUAUCCAUGCACUGAAAAUGCUUUUAUUUUUUUUUCUUUAAAUACAAUUAGGACUAAAAAUAGCCCUCUUAGUUUCUUUUGAUCAAGAGUGAGCUGGUCUGAAUAAUAUUGAGGGCAAUUGUAGGUAAGAAAACAAGCAUUUUAAUAAUAUGACAUUGUUCAAACAAUGCUUCCGUAUACUGACUGGAUCUUAAUUGUGCCCCAAAACUGGCAUUAAAUAUUUCCAGCUUGGAGAAGUUGGUUUUCUUUAACCAGGAGACUGCUGACUUAGUUGUUUGUUGUUAUAAAUGAUACCUUUUUAAUCCUAAAAGGCUGGAAAGUUGGUUUUGAAAAAAUGAAGUUAUGUUCAUUGUUGCUUCCACUGUUUUUUAAAAAUUUUAUGAAAAUAGGUCAUUAUGAUUGCAGAGUCAAAAGAGCGAAACAAACAUGUUAAGUGUGUCUGUGAACACAUUUAAUACUUAUAUAUAGGUACCUAAUAUUUAUUAUGUCAUCCCUAAAUUUAUUUUAAAAAUGAAGAAAUCUCCUGUCCUGGUAUAAUACAGUUAUGUACCUGGUCUUUUAA